AUGCUUGUAGCAUGUGUCUGGCGCUGGGCCUCUGACAAGCUGUCUGAGAACAAUGUGCAGAGUGAGCUUUACAAUGAAAGCAACUAUUGUAAUUGUUUUUCUUAUUUUUCUUUGUUCCUGUCCUCAGGUCAACCCCAGACACGAUCUACCCCCAUACAUCCCACCCAGCCUUGCCUAACCCAGCCCACCAGCCAGCUACGCAAUGGAGCCAAGCCCCACACACACACCCCGCACACACACACCCCGCACUGCACACACACCACCAACACACAUGCCUCUCACCCCAAUGGAGUGAGGAACGGAGGGCUUCAUGAUCGGCCGGCCCCCAACUCCCUACCCAGGGCGGCCUCUUCCUCCUCCUCGUGUUCCUCAUCGGAGUUGAAGAACCCUAAGAAGCUCCAGUCCAACCCCUCCAUCACCUCUCAGAGCAGCAAGAGGAGCAAGAGCUCCUCCAAGAGCAACAGCUCCCAGAUACCUAUAGAGGCACAGGAUGACUGUUGUGUUCACUGUAUCCUGGCCUGUCUGUUCUGUGAGUUCCUGACUCUGUGUAACAUCGUGUUGGACUGUGCCACCUGUGGUUCGUGUGCGGGGGACGACUCGGCGUGUUUCUGUUGCUGCUGUGCCUCCGAGGAGUGUGGCGACUGUGAGCUGCCAUGUGACAUGGACUGUGGGAUCAUCGAUGCGUGCUGCGAGUCUGCAGACUGCCUGGAGAUCUGUAUGGAGUGCUGCGGCCUCUGUUUCUCCUCCUGAGCCUUUCAAACUACACAGGGCGAUAUAUAUAUAUAUAUAUAUAUAUAUAUAUAUAUCUCACUCACUGACACAGCUCAGGCUCAGUCAGAGAUACUGUAUAUAAUGACAAGAUGGUCUUGUCUCCAACCUAACAAUGGGAGUCAUUGUCCCAAAGGCAGGCGGUCUGCUUAUCGCUUCACCUCUUCCUCUCUGGCUCAGUAGAGAAGGCAGUGGAGGGGCGGAUCAUUGGUCAAUGUAAGGACAUAUCAUUGGCUUUGACCAAGGUAGAGCGCUGACAUUGUUCAAUGUUGUGGACAAUCCGUUGGAAUUGACCAAUCAAAGGACAGGGACUACUCUUUGGCUUCUCCUGCUCACCUCCUCUGUGUUGCUUGUCGGUUUACUAUAUCUCUCAUUGUUAUGCAUAUGUUUUGCUUAGAUCGAUAUGGGAUUCUUGGGUCUGAUAACGAUAGGAGGGAGGCAAAGUCACUGAUUUACUGAUAUAUCACCCAAUAUAUUGUUUUUAGAUGUGAAUAACAUACUUUUUUUUACACAAAUUGUGCUCCAAAGGAUUAACGGAUACUCUAAAUUAUAAUUUCUUAACAAAAUAUUAAAGUAAACAUUAUUUAAGAUAUCCACAAAAAAGCAACUAUAUCCUCUAUAAAUACAACAGUAAAACUUGUUUAGUGUCCCUUCUUAAACAAAUCUUUUAAGUUGUCCCUAUCUAUGGCAGUGGAUAAGAAGUAUGCAAAAGUGCUUGUGUUAAACCACCACAAGGUUGAAUGAAUUAAACUUAGUCUCAAAGUAAAUCUGAAACUGCACUGUUCACAAAUAAGCAUUGAAAUGCAGUAACAUGCUGUUCCUAAUCUCACCGCUAGGUGUCAGCGUCAGCAUUUGUCUUGAGUAGAUUACCAGCGUCUACAACAGUCAGAGGUCAUGUAAACAAACACUUUAUGGCAACCUUGCAAUGAGAGUAGGAUAUGACAAGCACAAGCUAGCUGUUCAUUACGACAAUGUUUUCUUACAGAAACCAUAUCUACAUCACUGUUAUUCAAUACGAAUAUAUUGGCUGUAAUUUUCAACUGCAAAUGGCUUGCGCUGAUGACUAAAAACAUUUAUGCAGGCAAAUGAUCGCCGCACUUGUUUUAGUCACACGUUCUCAUUUAGCUAGCUAGCUAGCUAGAGUUAUCUCAUCAUGAACGCAAGCACAUGGCCUGCUUUUUGCAGAUUGCAGAUUUCGGAAAACAAACUAAAUAAGCCCACUGGCUAAUAUAAUAGGCCCAGACAGUAACAGUGUUAUUUUUGUAUCAAGAACGAUUGUUCACUUUGGCGCUUGACAAGUGUUGCACAUAAGUAGCAUAUAUUGCUAGCUAGCAAAGUGAGCUACGUUGCUGGCCAGAUAGCUGAGCUGACGUUAACUAAGUGAGAAUGUGAUGAGGACAGGGCUGCUUGCUUGGUGAAGUGUACUUUUGAUUAUAUACUUAUUCAAAUACGUUGGCUGUGGCAAGCUACUCACAGGCUAACCACCAUGCCUACUCUCUCACGUUGUGACCUAGGCCUGAAUGAUGUUCAAUGAGCAGCUCAUAGAGCGCCCUCUUCAGGCAACCAUUGACCAUUAAAAAAGUUACCAUAAAUGAGCAGACGUAUUUGUUUAUUCUAUGCAUAUAAUGUAACGAAACAGCAGGGAGCAGGUCUCGAACCCAUGACCUUCCAGCGCGCUAUCGACUGUGCCGCAAAAGCAUGCUCAAGCGGCAGAGUCGAUUUCCGCGCUUAUAAACCCAGGGUCGUUACAAUAAUAUCUAUGCUUUAUCUGUGGAAUAAAUAGCGAAACAAAUCUUUCUGCUAAAGGCUAAUAUCGGUCAACUGAUUUAUCUAGUUUUUCUACUGUACGGUCGCUGUGCUACAGCGAUGGUUCUGGACAGCUUCUCUCUCUGGACUGUUCUUUUGGACUCUGUGAGCCAUCUCUUAUUACAGCAGAACACCCUGUGUCUCCAAAGGCUCAGCAGCACAAUGACUGGCUCUCCAUGCAUGAGAAUGACCUUGAAGGCAAAUGAGAAAAUGGCCCCAUUUAACAGGAUUUUUGUGUUUCAGUAGAUAAGACUGCAGAGUAAUGGGAAAAUGGUCGCUCAGAUCUGAGCAGCACUCUAGUUUGUCCUUGGCAAGGUUAAAGUCUUCCAGUUUUAGUGCUAACCGUUUCUUUCUCGACGUGCACAGUCCAUGUGGAGGGUCUGUCUACCGCAGUUGUCCUGUCAGAGUUGCUUGGACUGGGAGUAGGGGGCUCAGCUACAAACCAAUGGAAAUGGGCCAACAAUGCUACAGACAUUUUGUUCCAUAGCCCAUUAUUAGCACAUCUAAUUCAGCUAAUCAAGAUAUUGAUUUUUAGUUGAUGAUUUGAAUCAGGUGGGUUAGUGCUGGGCUGAACGAAAGUCUGCACACCCUUUGACGCUCGAAGAUCAGGAGAAGAAAACUGGUCACUACAGUAGAGUCCCGUGUUUGUCCAUGACCCGUAGGCGCGUUGUAGACAGACCUAGCAAAGGACACAUCCUCCAUCUUACUCAAACAUGUGAAAGGAGAGCUCUUUCUCUUAGGGCUUUCCUCUUUCUGCAAUUUUAUUUUGAAUCUUAACCAUACUGUCUGGAUAUUUUGAAUGAUUUCCAUGUUGUAAACAGAUUUCAGACCUAACAGGUAGACUGGGAGAGAUCAUUCAAACUCUCAAGGCCUUUACCUGAUAUCUGUCAUUCUAAUGUACUGUACUGUAUAUGAACGGAAGGCCUCCACUUUACUCCAGGCCUGGAUUGUCUCUCCUCACUACAAAAAUGAUAUUAAUCCAUCUUAUUUUAUGUCCAUUUUUUUCUUCUCUUCCAGUAUGAAAAUUACAUUUCUAUGUUAUCAGCUCCAACCUCUCUCCCUGUAAAGCAGUAGUUCUUCAAAAUGUUAUUUUAUUCCCAGAUGUAAGAUAUCUGGGGAUAUUUUGCUAACUAAUUUGAAUGGUACGUAGAUUAGUUGUAUGAUUAUAGAAUAGGUUCUGCAAACUCAAACACUACAACACAUACACCUUUCUGCCCAGCAACUCAUAUGCAAUUUGGACUAAAUCAUGUGUUUAUAUUGAAUAUCCUGUGGCUCCUGAUUGCUCUGGUCUGGCACUGUGUGGAUCCUCGCAUGACUGUGUGAGUUUUCUCAUACCAAAGAAAAUAGUUUUUGUAGCUUAGCCUCUGCCGAGUCUCCAACAUCCGGAUGUUCUGGUUUUCAGGGAAAAUGGAAAUAGAGCCUCUGAUGCUAUUCCACUUUUGGACGUUAACAAGACGACUUUCCAUCUUAACUCCUCCUCCACAUUUACUGGAUUGGUUGAACAGUGCAGAAGAUAAACUUUUUUUCUUCUCAUCAAGACCAGUAUGUAGGGGUCUAGUUUCAGGCGUAUAUUUUACUCCUGCUACGUCAGGUUUGUUUUGUGAUACAUCUUUCUCUAUGGAUCCUAUAUUCUGUACAAGGUUUUCAGCUUGGUUUUAGGGUAUAAUUUGGCUUAUCAAACCAGCCUCUUGCCUUUAUUGAUUCCAAGGGCUUGCAGACGUGUUUUACUGGGUGCACCUGCUAAUGAAAGAUAUUCCUUACUUGGAAUACUAGCAAUCUCUCAGAAGAGGGAUUAUCUAUCUGUACUGUACCUCUACACGGGGCCUGAGGUCAAAUUGAAUAGUUGCAUUAAGAUUAUUACCCCUGAUUUAUGAAUUAUGUAGAGAGAGAGAGAGGUGUUGUGAUAUUGUACAUCCAAUCAAUGUUUGGUAAAGCCCUGGAAAUAUGCCUAGCCCUAACUAUGUAGGGAGUUUUCAUGGAAUCUUUUUAAAAUCAGAAUUGUGAAUUUGAGAGAUAGAUGAAGCCAUAAUGAUAUUCGUUGUCUUGGAUGCACUCUGAAUCAAACAGGAACACUAGCUAAUCUAGUCAAGUUGUAGUGUUUAUACUCAAAUAGUUAGGAGACAACUGGAAAAUAAAUCAACUUGAUAAUGCCCAGAUGAACAAUGACUUUCUGCAUUCCCUAACAGUGCAAGGUACCUUUCCAGUGCAAUCUCUCAUUUGAGUUUUUAAUUAUUAUUAUAAUAUUUUUUUUUUACAUUUGAUCAAAUGUGCCUUCAAACAUCUCAUGGAUAUAAACUGUAAUGUUAGCCUGCUCUGGUGAAAGCAGUCAAUUCAAGCAUUAUGUCCAAUACAUGUGUGUAGUGUUUACCCAGUGCUGUGUGUAAUAAAAUGACUGUGUAAGAAGUGA